AUGGAAUCAAGAGUGGGCAGAGAACGCAAAAUAAAUGAGAGUGACGUCAGAAACUUCGAUUACUUGCGAUGCAUGGUGAAGGAAACAUUUCGACUUCAUCUGCUGUUUCCUCUGCUCAUUCCGCACGAGUCGACGGAAGGGUGCAGCGUGGGAGGAUAUUUUGUUCCGCUAAAGACGAGGCUUUUUGUGAAUGUGUGGGCGAUGGGAAUAGAUGAAAACGUUUGGAAAGAUGCUCAUCUGUUCAAGCCCGAGCGGUUCAUUGGCAGUAAUAAAGAUGUGAGAGGUCAGGACUUCGAUUUGCUGCCAUUUGGAACAGGGAGAAGAGGGUGCCCUGGGAUUUCGAUGGGUGUUUCUGUUGUUGAGUUGGCACUUGCUCAGCUGCUUCAUUGCUUUGACUGGACUGUGGAGGGUGAGGUGGAUGUGGAGGAGGAGUUUGGAUUAACUGUUCCCAAAAAGAAUCCACUGUUUGUCCGUCCUUCAUGGAGGCUCACAGCUGAAUAUCCUAUUUAA